GUUAGGGCUAUCCUGGACUUCUGCUACCUCGCCCAAUACCCUGCUCACACUGAUGAGACACUAAACCAUCUUGACGAAGCAUUACAACAGUUCCAUCAGGCAAAGCAUAUAUUUGUUCUUCUCGGCAUCCGGAGUGAUUUCAAUAUACCGAAACUACACUCUCUCCUCCAUUACAUCGCCUCGAUUAAGUGCUUUGGCACGACGGACAACUACAAUACGGAGUACACCGAACGCUUGCACAUCGACUUCACCAAGGACGCCUAUCGUGCGACAAACCACAAAGAUGAAUAUCCGCAAAUG